AUGGGUGGCAGUGAACAGGUGGUAACACAGAACCAGCUUCUGCUCACUCCAGCAUAUGCAUUUACUGAUUAUCAAUCUCAAGGACAAACAAUCAGCAAUGCAAUCAUCGACAUCACAAUGCCACCAAGUGGUGGACUUUCCCUAUUUAAUGUAUAUGUCACACUCUCUCAAGGACACGACCAACGGAUUAUGAAGCUGGACCAGAUAACAGAGCAGUGGUGGGAUGCAAAAAGCAAGAAGCUAUGA